AGGCGUAAGUCUCUCGAUUCUGUUGAAAAAGAUAAAAAUUAUAAGAAACAGACCAAUCAGUAUUUUUGAAUAUUUUAUUGUUGAUAUAAUUUAAGUUAUUGUUGAAUGGUGUGCGUGCACGUGUAUACUGUCAAAAAUUUAAAAAUAGUGAAAAGCUUUCAAGAUGAUGAGCUUGUCUGAUCAAGAAGUUCCUGUUACCAUGGAUUUAGUGAGAAUGACCGAUGGAUUCACAAAAUUACCUGAUUCGGUUCAUGGAUUGUUAAAUAUCAAUUACUGUAAUACAUACACAACCAAUGAGAGUACAUCAAGUGAUAAAAAUCAUCACGCUUCCAGUGGAUAUUCCAGUCCAGAGUAUAGACAAGAAUCGUGGCUCCAAGAUGGAAGUAGUUGUGAGACUGAAGAUAGUGAUCAAUACGUUUCUGAGUUUCAUCAUUUAUCAGACGGAGUUAAGCAAGAAUCUUCACUUAAUUGCCAGAAAAAUAGAAAUGAUUAUAAUCAGCAAUACAAUGAAAGUGGACUGAACUUUUUGGACCUCAGUCCUGCGACUUCUGAUUUAUGUUUUGGGAAACCAAGUCCUGGAAGAAAUGAGAGGACCGAUUGUGUAUCAGUUAAGGAAGAGCCGUCGGAUCGUGAUUACAUCGAACCUACAUCAAUUACUAACCUUUCAUCCCCUGGUUCACAAGAUAACUUAACUGCGCGAAACUUGAUCUACCAAAGACGGCAACAGUAUACCAAUCAUCUAAUAACAACACGGGAACCUCAAGAUUCUCCAACAUUGAACAGGCCAGCAAGUGCGUCAUCAAUAACAUCACAAUGGCUAACAACUCAAUCCAAUCAAUCUACAGCAGAAUCAAACUUUCCAUCACGUCACGAUAAUUGGUCUUCAUCUUGCAGUACAAAUGUUUAUCCUAGACGUAGUUCGAGUCCAACUUGGACUAAGCUAGGACUACAGUCUGAAAUAAAAACUUCACCAUGGGAGCGACAGUCUGUUUACCAGAAGAAAAGUUCAACAUGGAAUUCUGAGUACAUCAGGAGACCAUCGUCUUCAACAGGGUUUUCAUCAUGGCCUGAGUUAUCUGUUGGAUAUCAACAACAAAGAAGAGGUUCACUGCAGCUUUGGCAGUUUUUGGUUACACUAUUAGAUGACCCUGCUAAUUCUCCAUGCAUCACAUGGACUGGUCGUGGCAUGGAAUUUAAAUUAAUUGAGCCAGAAGAGGUAGCGCGGCGUUGGGGAAUACAAAAAAAUCGUCCCGCAAUGAAUUAUGACAAACUCAGUAGAUCAUUGAGAUACUACUAUGAAAAAGGCAUAAUGCAAAAAGUUGCUGGUGAAAGAUAUGUCUAUAAAUUCGUCUGUGAUCCGGAGGCUUUAUUUAACAUGGCGUAUGGUGUAGGAGCUACCAAUCCAACGACUGAGUCUUCGGGCUCGGUAGUAAGAAAUAGUAUUGCUAAAAUCGGGACAAAUACUAAUGCUUCAGAUUCUACGAAACCUUCAUCAGAAGGUUAUGGAGAAGCCGUCCUUGCUAUGUAUUCAAAUACAACCAUGUAUGGACCGUCGAGUUUGCAUCAUUUACAUCAAUACUUAGGAACAAACGAUGGUUUCAAAACACCACCACCCCGCUAUCAUACAUAUCACACACAUCAAUAUAAUAAUCACCUUCAUCACCAUUAUCAUCACCAUCAUCAUUCUCCUCCAUCGUAUACUGAUUCGAUUUUAAACUACGGUCGUCUGUCACAAGAAUUGCCAAUCGAUAUUAGAACUCAGGAGUCGAUAAAUUCAACACGUAAUGGUUACGCCGACGAAGACCGACCAACGAAAGCAAAAGAGUCAUCGUUAGAAUUUGAAUCAUCGCAAAUGCGCGCCCAGUUAUCUAAUUCUAUAUCAAAUUCUGAAAACUCUAACAUUUUAGAAGCGACAUCUACUAGUUCUAAAAUUGAACAGGCUUAUAAUUGUUUGAGUGUUGAUAGUUGUGUAUGUUAAAAAUAAAAUAAAAACAUGGAUCUCUUGACAAAAAAAUUCUGUACACCUCAAUAAUUUUUAUGUUUUAAAUUAACUUAUUUUUUGACAGAAAAUGGCCGCUAUAAAAUAUUGGGUGCAUUCGAAAAUUGCUCUAGUUCUAGCUCUAGCCAAACGUUGCCAUACAGCGAUAACUAAAGCUAGAUCAUUUCCGAAUGCACCAGAAGUAAUUAAUUUAUUAAUUAUUAUUAUUACUUGCGCGGUAAAUUUAAAUAUUUGAAAAAUAAAUUAUUAAAAACUGGAGACAAAUUAAAAUUCGUAUGUUAAAAUAAAAUGGCGGCAGAAUAUGAUAGAAAAAUAUUUAAAAUAUUAAAAAAAAAACACGCAAGUGUUUGAACAAACCUUGGCGGGGAAAUAAUAUGCAGAAGGGUGUCCUAAUACACUUGGAGAUUUAAAUUAAAUUUCUCCAAGCGUAUUGCAGCUAAAAAAACGUCACUUAACUGCUAUUUCCCACCAGACGAUGCUAGAUGAUUUUGCUCAGGAACUUGGAAGUUAUCAGCAUCAGCCAUCAGCAACACUUUACACUAGCACUGAACACUUAACACUUUACACUAGCACUAAACACAACUACACCACAGAUACUUUGCACAAUUUAAAUUAAUAAAAGAUAAAUUUUACAAUCACUACACAAUUUUACACGACUUAACUGCAAUACUGUGUUUUAAUUUAAACGUAAAGAAGAAUCUGGACUACAACUGUCAUUUUCGAUGAUACUAGCUGCCGUUAUCGAACCACCAGUUGAUACAAAACAAUCGACUUUGCGAUUCAUCGACCGCCCCCACUAGCAAAUAUUUGAACGCUGAAUACAGUGACGCGCAGUAGCGCCAACAGCGCGAAAUUUCAAAAUUGAAAUUUAACAAUUUCAUUAAAAUUUAUGUGUAUCAAUAAUUUUAUUAAUUAGACUAAAAGAUAUACUCUGAAUAUUAUUUUUAUUAAUAAUUUAUCAAUUAUUCUCAUUACUUGCGCGGUAAAUUUAAAUAUUUGAAAAAUAAAUUAUUAGAAACCAGAGAAAAAUUAAAAAUCGUACGUUAAAAUAAAAUGACGGCAGAAUAUGAUAGAAAAAUAUUAAAAAUAUUAAAAAAAAAACACAAGUGUUUGAACAAACCUUGGCGGGUAAAUAAUAUGCAGAAGGGUGUCCUAAUACACUUAGAGAUUUAAUUUAAAUUGCUCCAAGUGUAUUGCAGCUAAAAAACGUCACUUAACUGCUAUUUCCCACCAGACGAUGCCAGAUGAUUUUGCUCAGGAACGAGGAAGUUAUUAGCAUCAGCCAUCAGCAACCCUUUAUGCUAGCACUGAACACUGAACACUUAACUACGCCAUAGACACUUUGCACUGUUUAAAUUAACAAAAGAUAUAUUUUACAAUUACUACACAAUUUUAUAAGACAAAUGCAAUACUGUGUUUCAACUCAAACAUAAAGAAAGAUCUGGACUACAACUGCCGUUCUCGAUGAUACUGACUGCCGCUAUCGAACCGUCAGUUAAUACAAAGCAAUCGAUUUUUGCGAUUCGACCGCAAAAUUUCAACGCCGAAUACAGCGACGCGCAGUAGCGCCAACUUGGCGCGAAAUUUCAAAAUUGAAAUUUAAUCAUUUUGCGUUCAACUUGAUAAUGAGUUUAACGUCAAAUGCAUAUCAACUUUUGGUUUUAAAGACCAGCAAAAUUUGAAUUAAAAAUUCACUACGUCACCAACUAUUUUCACCACCAAACUUUCGCA